CGGGCGAGCUGGCCAGCAAGGGCGUUCAAGGGCUGGAGUGUGAGGCAGGGCCAGGGGGUUGUCCUGAAAGCCUGUGAUUUGCCCUUGUUUUUAACUUUGCCUUUUGAACAGGUUCACUCGGCAGCAUACGCGGCCUUAGGGCUGCUGGAGCCUUUCACCAAAAUCUGGGGUGCAGAAAAAUAACAGGGAUAGAAGAGUGUGAUGGGGAUGGGAUAACCCGAGUGAAGGAGAUGAGCAGUGCCAGUCACCACAGUGUGGGUCUCGACAUGUGGACGGGGCCAAAUAUCACCCCAGUGUGGUCCUUCUCUCCUGAAGAGGGUGAAAAACACUUUCUGACCCUACAGACAGUGUGUCUGAAGGCAGAAGAGGAGGACUUGGAGGGACUCUGCCAGAUGACUGCCCACCCGCAGAAGGGGGUGGCGAUGGCAGCGCUGGCCGGGGCCGUUGUGCUGCAGCCGGUGGUGCAGCAGGGGCAGGCUGUGCUGCACAACGUGCCAGCAGGCAUGGCUAUUGACAGAGACAAUUAUGUCGUUGCAUUUGAAAAUAAGGCCCAGCAACUGAGCGCAUGUGAAGAGGGGGGAGGAAAGGAACUUUUUUUCACUCCGGGGGAAACAAAGAGCCAGAGCUGCAAAGCCAGUGAUGAUCUGUCAGACUCAUGCAAUGAAGGUAAAGAGCAGGAAUAUGUAACUCCAUCAGAACAAACAGUUGUAAGAAAUCCCAAGAAUCUAAAAUUUCAUGUUUGUGCUCCGCAUCGGAAAAAAGGAGAAAAAGCAGUUUUCAGCUGUGGUUUGUGCAUGUUCACCUCACUCAAAAUAUCAAAUCUUAAUCGGCAUGUGAAAACCCAUUCUGACGAGAAACGUCAUGUGUGUCACCUCUGCCUUAAGGCUUUUCGUACAGCUACUCUCCUGCACAACCAUGUGAAUGUACAUACAGGGACCAGACCCUAUAAAUGCAGUGACUGUGAUAUGGCAUUUGUGACCAGUGGUGAGCUUUCACGACACAGGCGCUACAAGCAUACUUUAGAAAAACCUUUCAAGUGUUCAGUGUGUAAAUAUUCUAGUGUAGAAGCAAGCAAAAUGAAACGACACAUUCGCUCACAUACAGGAGAGCGUCCUUACGCCUGCGACCUUUGCAGUUAUGCUAGCAAAGAUGCAUUUAAACUGAAAAGGCACAUGAUAACUCAUUCAGGUGAAAAACCCUAUGAAUGUUAUGUUUGCCAGGCAAAAUUCACUCAAAGUGGUACCAUGAAAACCCAUAUGUUACAGAAGCAUGGAGAAAGUGUGCCAAAAUACCAGUGUCCACACUGUAGCACCUUUAUUGCGCGAAAAAGUGACUUGGCUGACCUGGAAUCGUUCCAAGAUGUCUCCGCUGUGAAAAAUUAACAUUGUGCCAGUGAGAUUGUUCCUGUUUUACAUGGAACAGAAACAGCAACUCCGAGAGAACAGAAAACAGAAACGACUCGUGAAAUGAUUCUCAACAUGAUGGACAAAUAACGCACGAACGGACUCUGGUCUUCCUUGUUUUCAUGGGUUGUAACUGACCGCUUCAAAGUGUGUAACUAUGUCCAUCUACUAAGCUAGAACAGACACUGGUUGAAAGCUGUUGAAGCCCUUUUGUGCUCAUUUUUCUUCCUGUUGCCAUUUCUACUAUGUUACAGAAAUAACAUUGCCGAAGUGUGAAAGUUAUAGGGAACCUUCACCUGUUUCAUUACAUACAUGUAAUAACAGAAUGAAGAAAAAAUUAACUGAUUUCAGAGUAAUUUAUGAAAAAGUAGAUAGGUUUGUUUCACCUUGCAUUUCAUUUUUCUUCCAGAUAUACUCACAGAAUUGCAUACUGAUCUGAAGCAAAUUUAUUCCUCGCUCGCUUUAUAGAGCGCUGCAUGAACUUCAGUCUGUUUGUACUUUCCUGAGGCAAGCACAUGAGAGGUAGUGAUAUUUUUAAUGCAAGGGGCAUUUACUACAUCUCCUUUCUGCAAACAAUUUAGUUUCUAGAAUUCACAAUGCUAAAAUUCAGUUUGGGGCUAAAAAAGUGCGGUGGUUUAUGCCCCAUACUUCUAGUAAUUAUUUAAUGUUAUUAGCUCAAUUCUCUUUUCCCAGUGGUUUUCAAUAGGUACGAUGCCAUUUUCUUCAGAAGAGUUCCUUUAGUUGUACAUCAGCGUGGAAAAUAGCGGCAGAAGCAGAUCCCUUACUUCUUGGCUUGUUGUUAGAGUACCUGCAAGCUUUGGGGUACGGUUUCACAGCUGGAUCACGCUGCCUGUCCUGUCUUUUCCCCCAUGCUCCAGGCAUAAUUUUCUUUCCUCGCUGUGUUUCAGGUCUAGCAAGCACACGGCUGUAGGGUGAGUUGGAUCAGCACGUAGAUCUAAUUAGAAACUAACCUUUUCUCUCAUCCUUGUUUUGGUCAGAUCAGUUAGCUGAGCAGGCAUAGAGCUGUGUGAUCAUUAGAGCUGACAGAGAUGAAGCAGCUGCAGGGUGUGCUGGUGUCAGAAGAGUGUGCAGGACCACCCCUUUCUGGGGAUGCAUGGCUUUCUGUCACCUCAGGCUGGCUAUUUCUGGAGUGUGGGUGGUAGCAGUUUUCCUCCCUGCUCCUUCCCCUUUCAACAGCCUUCUUCCAGGUGUUUCAAUGUCAGGUUGUGAUCAUACAUUUAGCACUAGAUCCAAAACACACCCAUGACUUUGAUUUUGAUUAGAUGUUCAAUAAAACACACUUGUAUUAUUUAGGAAAGUUCAUGUUUGUAGUACAUUUAAGAAUCAGAGGAAUUUCAACUGUCAAAUAUAAUUCUCUAGCUUUUUUUAGGUUAUAAGAAUUACUGGGUUUACUGCUUAAUUAAUGAUUAAUAUAGUUAGAGUAGCUACAGUAAGUACUAUUGAUUUUUAUGAUUAGUUACAAUGAUAAUUGCCAUUUAUGCAAUGUUCGCUCAUUUUUUGGUUGUUUAUAAUUAAUACUUGGAAGUGUGUUCAUAAAAUCUUAAAUACUUAUAAAAUACUAAUCUUUAAUGCUGCUACUCUUACGUUACAUUUCAUUAUAAAUAAACGCUAGCAUUACUAACCAAUUUUAAUAAUAUCAAGUCAUGUACCAAGUACAUAAUUUUAAUUAAAAUGCCAAACCCUUAUCCUAAUUUCAGGAUUAGCAUCUAUGUUCAACUUCAUUAUGUAUAUAAUACAGAACUCAGCCAGUAUAAAAUUGUUUGGUUUUUGCAUGUUGAGCUAGCUGUGUUUGCUGGUUAUGCUGAUGCGGUCAGGGGUAGUGAAUUCUGCUGUGCGCGCUGUUCAUUGCAGGUGGACUGCAUUUCAAGAUCUAAAUACUGGAAAUUUUAACUUUCCUUACUUUGAAAAGUCUGUUAAAAAUGAAAAUUUAGUUUUUUCCAGUCAGUGUAUUAAGCGAACAGCUUUAUCCUAUAAAUCCUAUACUUGAUAACAUGUCUACAUGACUGUUCUACUAGAGUUACUUUUUAUAUUUGGCAACUGUUCUGCUGUAAUAAGACCCAAAACAAUGGCGUGCUUUGGAGCUUUAACUGUCAUGCAAUGUUUUAAGUAUUUCCAUGCACAUGGUGAGGAGAUAAGGAUGUCAGUAUUGGCGCAAGAUACUUGCUGUCUUACAGGAGUAAGUUAUCCAGUUUAGAAGAUACAGAGCACCCUACACUAAAAGGCCUCAACAAGACCUUAAUCAAUCAGCUCAAUUAAAUAUAUGAACAGGAAUUACCACUUUGGUAAUAGAAACCUCAUUCAGGUUUGUAGCCCAUGUUUUUAGCAAUUACAGAGAAGUCAGUGCCUUUGAAUUUAUCAAAAUUACUUGUUGGCUUUGUCCUCCUAUUAUAAUGGUGUUUUUGAGUGUUUAAUAUCGAUUCAUGAUUGUUGUUUUGUGUCUGUUUUCUUGAUGGUAAUAUUUAUCCAGUUUUACUAAGUUAACGAUUUGUUCUGGCUGCCUUGUCAAUCACAGGACUUAAGAAUACUUUUGUCCAGGAAAAUUGCUUAAAUAAUAUUGUUGACUUUAUCCUUCUUGUGCUGUUUCCAUUUGUGUCAUAAAUUCUAAGCAACAGAUUUCAUUGUUAAUAUUCUUUUCGGAAGUUGUAUAAAUUACUUGAUCAAUUUUCUGGAUAUAUACUGUUCAUUUGAAUUACUAAUCACAAAGCUGACUCAUUUUGUGCUGACAUCUGUAAAUCAGACUACAUAAAGUGGAAUAUGAAUGUAAUAAUAAAAGA